AUGCCCAUGGAUGACCACGACCUCAGUACCAACCCAUGGUCAGACGUUACUGGCGGCGAUGAAAAUGAGUUCAAUGAUUUCAUGAAGCCCAUGAGACUCGCAAAACGAACAGAGGAAAAACCCACAACGAACGAACAGUUUCAGUGUCGCCCGAUCCGGUUGGGAAGCCGCCACAAACUCGAUGACGAUCUUCGUAGCUCGCGCUCAGAAGAAGAAUCCAUUCCAGCAUCUCCAACUUCACAGAAAGUCGAUACCAGCAACCCUACAACUCCCAGACGAAAGUCCAUCCAGAUACGAAAUCUUCCCAUUAUCGAGUCACCCAAACGGUACGUCCACGAUAAGGUAGACGAUGCAAUUUUUGCAGUGUGUUUGGUCGACUUUCACCAUUCGCGGGGCCCAGAAGUGGAGUUCUGGAAGUCCAAUUAUCACCACAAUUAUUCCCCAAGUUUAUUCAAAAACCUAUCAUUCCAGGCGUUGCCCGACGGAUCACACCAACACGAAGAAACGUUUUCCAAUUUCAGCUUGGUUUACGAUUUUGUCACCGGGCUCUCCUACGACGACGGUGACGAUUACGAUAACUUUCAAGGUGAUCCCAGGCACCUUAGAACGCUCUUUGGGUGCUCUUGCGUGCGCCAAGUGAAGACCAGCGAUCUCUCCGACUUAGAAAUGGCUCGAAACAAGGAUAUAACCCGAUCAAUUGUCCAAAAAGCCAUCGUGGUAAUAGCGUGCAACCAGCCCAUAUUCACCAAGAUCAAAGAAAAGCUCUCCAUCAUCACCCACAGUUUCUUGAUCCAGGAACGUCUAGACAACUACGAGCUCCUAGAGCACUUGUUCGAGAACCUCAACGACUCUUUCAAACCCAAAGUCGACAGGAGACUAUCAAUAGACCAAGAAGCUCUUAGGAUCGAAAGAGAGGACGAAUUCUUUGUCAAUUUAAACUUGAAGGAAACAGUCACCAAAUUCCGCCACAAUUUCCUCACCCUAUUCAAAGCAAUGCUUCUCGAGAAGAAGAUACUUAUAUUCUCUAAUAACAACUUGGAAUCUUUAACCAUGUUCCAAAACAAUCUCAUUUCCCUCGUCCCUAAUUUGAUCCAUAAUCUUGCCGAUUCCAGCUGUCCCUUGAUCGACUACAGCGAGACGAACGGCCCACUAAAGAAGCCAGAAUCUUUAAACACUUCAAGUCGGCAGUCCAUGUUGAGAUUUUUCGGUCUCCCAUUGCAAAUAUUCAACACCAAAGGUGCGUUCUGGAACCCAUAUCUUCCUCUCCAGCAACUCAACGCACUCAGCAGUCCAGGAACCAAGAGUUUCAUGGUUGGUUCCUCAAACUUACUCUUCGUGAAUCAGCUGAUGGCUUUGGAAGUAGACAUACUCAUAAACCUCGAUACAAAUGAAGUGAGCUAUCCCGUUGGAAGAGGAGACGAUUUGUUGCUUUCGCUGAAAGACAAGAUUUUUAUUAACAGUCUUCUCGAAAACAUCCGAAAAAUCGACGAACAAGACAACUACAUUGGCAGUGACGAUUACAUUCGCUACAAGUUCGAGGACUACCUCUGCUCCUUAUUGUCCACUACCAAGUACUCGCAGUACGUUGAGAAGUUCAAACAGCCACCCCCAGGGUUUUCCCAUACUCCAGCAUCCACUGAUUUAGAUGCCAACGAUGAUGUCAGCAUUGAUAACGGAAACAUGGCAGCGUUCGGCCUGGCUUUUAUAGAGAACUGGAGAAAAACCAAAAACUACUUGAUCUGGGAUGCUAUGGCCGAUGAGUUCAUCUUCAAUUUUUUAACGCCAAGACACAUUGGAUCUGACAUUGCCGACCUGCGGUCGAGAAUAGCAAGUGUAUUCGACAACUUUCGCCAGCGUCUCAAUGCCCCACCCAAUUCCGAGCCGCCAAGCUCGCGAAAUCUUUCAAUAUUCGAAAGCGUGAAAAACACCGAUGAGGCGUCUAACGUCAAUGAAGUACCUUUUGGAAAAAAGAUUUCUAAUUGGGCAUGGAACUUUAAGCGAAAGUAG